CAGAGCCACAGGGCCAGCAAACGUAGGAAGAAGAUAUCGCACUUUUGAACUAUUUACAACUUACCAACUUUUCCAUCAAUUGGAACCAUCAUCUUCCAUCAAUUGGAACCAUCUUCUAUCAUCUAUAUAGCCUCGGGACGGGGAGAAGAAGGAGCAUUUGAAUUCGGUAACGAUCUCAUCACUACAUCGCCAUUCCUAUUAAUACCGUUUCCAUCACCAUCUUCCAUUUCCAGUUCCCUCGCCAUUGCCAUUGCCAUUGCCAUUGCCAUCAAACACUUACUCACUAUUAUUAAUUAAAGCGCCCAUAAUGGCAUCUAGCACCUGCGCCCUCCCUGUUACCCUUCCCAUACGUACCAAAAGGGUCGUCAGCACCGGCGAAAAAGGCAACAUCGGCAGUAGUAGGGGCAGGAUCAUCCGACUCGCUACCGUCUUCCACCCGCAGAACGACCGCCUCUCCCCGGAAGCCCACUUCCCCGUGAGCAGGGUCCAAAGGGCCUCGGGCCCCCGCCUCGUCAACCGCUUCAACCGCUGUGAAAUGAUGCUGGUCAUCGCCGGGUCGUGCCUCCGCAACGGCGGGUACGCGCCCGUGGGCGGGUGCGCGUUCGUCUUUGGUGGUGGUGACGAUGAUGAUGAUGAUGAUGAUGAUGCCGGUCGUGACCGCGAUGAGAGCCGGAAAACGGACGGCCACGCCGUCGGUGUCGGGGCGGUGGCGUUCCGGCUCGAGAGCCGCGACGCCGAUCCGCCCUCGUCCCCCGAGGAUACGUGCAACCGGGCCAAGCUGAGCGCGGCGAUUGCGGCGCUGCGGAUCCGGGACUGGGCCGGCGAGGGCUGGCGGCGGGUCGUCGUCGUGACGGACCUGGAGUAUCUCGCCAAGGGCGCGACCGAGUGGUUGCCGAACUGGGUGCGGAGUAAUUGGCGGAAGCCGCCCGGGGCCAAACCCGGAAAGAAGGGAGGCAGAGAUGACGAGCGGAGGUGCUACCUGAACCGCGACCUGUGGGAGGAGCUGCAGGCCAGAAUAGAGGAGCUGAUGGCGGCGGGGUGUGAGGUGUCGUUCUGGCAGGUGAAUGGGGAGGAGUACGAUAGGAACGACCAAGGGGUUCUUGCGCGAGCGAAAAGGGCGGCGCAAACGGCUAUGAGGGGCUCAUGAGGGGACACACACACACACACAAAAAAAAAGAAGGCUCGGGCACACUCAUGUUCUGUUUUUU